CCGGAGUAACAGUGCCCUCGCCGCGCCUUCCUGCUCCUCCUCCUCCUCCUCCUGCCGCCGCCGCUACCGCCGCAGCAGGAACGUUCGGCCUGCGGCGGCCCGGGUUGAGCCCGUGCGCACGGCGCCCUCUGACUCGGGGUGGGGAACAGGACUCGCUCUCCCGUCCUCUGGCGGAAGGCCCUUCCUCAGCUCUCGCGUGCUCUGGGGGCCCUGGGGUUCCUUCCAAACAGCUCCCGACGGAAUCCCUUCCAGUCGGGGACCCUCCACUCUCCACUGAGGAGGAGUGGACACCUGCCGCUCUGCCUCCCUAAAACGGGGUCGUGCCCUCACACCCACACAGAGGGCAGAGAGCUUCACGAUCCCGUUUCGCCCAGUUUUCCAAUCCAGAACCUUCUGAUCUCCGCUAGGUUCUAAGGGCCCCUGCCUCCUGCCCCGUCCACGCUCAUAGGGAGGCAGCCCCCGACCCCAGACAGCCUGGGUCUGGCUCGGUCCCUGCGGGCUCCUUCCAGACCACUCCUUCUCUCUACUCCCCCGCCCACGACCCUCUGUGUUCUUUCCCUCGCUCCCCUUGUCACCUCUUGGAGCUCUUGCUUAAUCUGGAUCCAGUGGGUACCUCCUGCCCCAGGAUGUGAGCCCCUGUAACCUGUAAUGCUGUGGCUGGCCCUUGGCCCCUUCCAUGCCAUGGAGAACGAGGUGCUGGUGAUUCGUAUCAAGAUUCCAAAUAGUGGCGCAGUGGACUGGACAGUGCACUCCGGGCCGCAGUUACUCUUCAGGGAUGUGCUGGAUGUGAUAGGCCAGGUUCUGCCUGAAGCAACAACCACAGCAUUUGAAUAUGAAGAUGAAGAUGGUGACCGAAUUACAGUGAGGAGCGAUGAAGAAAUGAAGGCCAUGCUGUCCUAUUAUUAUUCCACAGUAAUGGAACAGCAAGUAAAUGGACAGUUAAUAGAGCCUCUGCAGAUAUUUCCGAGAGCCUGCAAGCCUCCUGGGGAACGGAACAUACAUGGCCUGAAGGUGAAUACCCGGGCUGGACCCUCCCAACACGAUAGCCCAGCAGUCUCCGACUCACUCCCAAGCAAUAGCUUAAAGAAAUCUUCUGCUGAACUGAAAAAAAUAUUAGCCAAUGGCCAGAUGAAUGAACAAGACAUACGAUAUCGAGACACUCUUGGCCAUGGCAACGGAGGCACAGUCUACAAAGCAUAUCAUGUCCCAAGUGGGAAAAUAUUAGCUGUAAAGGUCAUACUACUAGAUAUUACACUGGAACUUCAGAAGCAAAUUAUGUCUGAAUUGGAAAUUCUUUAUAAGUGUGAUUCAUCAUAUAUCAUAGGGUUUUAUGGUGCAUUUUUCGUAGAAAACAGGAUUUCAAUAUGUACAGAAUUCAUGGAUGGGGGCUCCUUGGAUGUAUAUAGAAAAAUUCCAGAGCAUGUCCUUGGAAGAAUUGCAAUAGCAGUUGUUAAAGGCCUCACCUAUUUGUGGAGUUUAAAGAUUUUACAUAGAGAUGUAAAACCCUCCAAUAUGCUAGUAAACACAAGAGGACAGGUCAAGCUGUGUGAUUUUGGAGUUAGCACUCAGCUGGUGAAUUCUAUAGCCAAGACGUAUGUUGGAACAAACGCUUAUAUGGCGCCCGAAAGAAUUUCAGGGGAGCAGUAUGGAAUCCAUUCCGAUGUCUGGAGUUUAGGGAUCUCUUUUAUGGAGCUUGCUCUUGGGAGGUUUCCAUAUCCUCAGAUUCAGAAAAACCAGGGAUCUUUAAUGCCUCUCCAGCUUCUGCAGUGCAUUGUUGAUGAGGAUUCGCCCGUCCUUCCGGUUGGAGAGUUCUCCGAGCCAUUUGUACAUUUCAUCACUCAGUGCAUGCGAAAACAACCCAAAGAAAGACCAGCACCUGAGGACCUGAUGGUGUGGGAGAGCAUUUGGAGUCAGAAGCCUCGCAUUGGUGUCCAGCCCGGCCCCUUGCUCCGACGACCCUGGACAGGGCCCCGAGUAUCUGUUUCCUCAUCUAGAAGGUGGACACGCAUGGCUGUGCGUGCCUGCAGAGGCCACCCGUUCAUCAUGCAGUUCAAUGACGGAAACGCCACCGUGGUGUCCAUGUGGGUGUGCAGGGCGCUGGAGGAGAGGCGGAACCAGCAGGGGCCCCCGUGAUGCCGCAGAGGGGCACAGACAGCCCAGGACUGGUCACCAAGGGGACAACCCACCCAUCGUGCCCCCCUUUCUGUUCGCCGUCUGCCCUGGAAGAGCUCUGCUGGGCCCGGCUUCCCUACUCUCAACUCUGACUCUGCUGGCAGAUGGCCUAGCCCAGGGAGCCCUCCAGAGUGGCCAGCCCUUGCCUGCUCUGGUCUGGAGGCACUGAUGGGGGGUGGGCAGAGGGGUGGGGGUAUCAAGAACGGAGACUUCGGGCCCCUGCCCCUCUUUUUUUCCUAACAUUUUCUUUGUAAAGGGUCAGGCCCCGUCAGCAUCACUGACGGGAAUAAAAGUAUUAUUGCUUCUUUA